GAAAGAGGCCCACCCUCCCAGUCUUCGACUUCGCCUCUCUCAACUCUCUCCACCGUCGCGCCUGUACGCUCAGCCAACCAACCGCCACGCCGCCGCCGUCGCCGCCGCCAGCGACUCCGGAUACGGCGAAGGAACCACCCCCGCAGGCAGCCGAUUGCAACGACCGCCGCUCCAGUUCACAGCUGAAAUAACCUUCAGGAGAGAUUGGGGGAUCCUUAGCUUUCAUCGCGGCAAGGGCUCAGUAUGGACAGGAGUUUGAUGUUCCUGGUGCGAAGAGCUUUGACAGUUCGAAACCCAAACCAGACCUUUAGCUCGCGCUGCUUUUGUUCUCCACCUGUGCCGUAUCCCUCUCCCUCCAAUAGUAAACUCUUUGUCGGCGGACUGUCGUGGUCAGUUGAUGAGAAGUCCUUGAAAGACGCUUUCUCCUCAUUUGGGGAGGUCACUGAAGUUAGGAUUUUGUAUGACAAAGACAGUGGUAGAUCAAGAGGCUUUGGUUUUGUUUGUUUUACAAACCAAGGUGAUGCUACAUGUGCAAAAGAUGCCAUGGAUGGGAAGGCAUUGCUAGGCCGACCCUUGAGGAUAAGCUACGCUCUUGAAAAGGUUCGUGGUGCUCCAGUUGUCGUCCCUCGCCUCUCGAGUAAUGGUGAUGACACCAGCCUGAAGCGGUGAUCUUUCCUGCUUGAGAUUGAGACUGGUCUUGGCAAAGGAAGUGAAUCAACUCGCCCGGUAAAAAGGGAAACGGCCAUAAUCCAUACUUAUGAAGCUUGGUCUCGUUUGCCUGGAGGAUCAAAUACUGAUGAAAGCUUGGUUUUAAUUACUUGGAGGAUCUAUUUCUGAGAUCUAAAUCAUCAGCUAUAUUGAUAACUGUGUCAUUUUGCCUUUUCACCUCACAGUAAUAUCGGUCACAGGCUGUUGAGGGCCAUAUAUCAUGCUAGUCACUGGAAGCCAUAAGUAUGCCUCAGUGGGUACUCAUUGAUAACCUGCGCUAGUGGGGAUUGAUGCUCUCAUUGAGGGACUUGAUUAUUGUUUGAUGAACGAUUGGCCCUUCCUACUUAUGAGGCUGAAGUGUUAUUCUGAAC